AUGCAGGCCAACCAAGUCGACUGUGGGGUCUACGUCUGCAUCUACACUAAGGAGCUGGUUGGGAGCGGUUUCGCGAAUCUGGAUGAUGGGCUGCCCGCCUUGCCCUAUGGCUCCGGCCUGUUCCGGAGGGGGAUGCGUUCCGACAUCGUGGACCAUGCACUCAAGCUUUUAGUCCCAAACCUGGAGCGUGCUGGCAUUCUGGUCCCACUCCAAGAUCCGCCGCUGAGCAAGCGUGUGAAUAAGCCGGUGUCGCCGGAGCUUGCCGAAAUCGACACGAAGCUGCGUGAUGCUGUGGGCGAUAUCCACAACGCCAGCUGCCGCGUGGGCCAUUGUGAGAAGGACCUUCUCAAACUGGAGCUACUCGUUGAGUCUUUUACCACGGAGCUGUCGACCACCCGCGACGAUCUCGCCGCGCUGCAGGCACAAGUUGCCGCCUUGAACGCACCGCCGCAGCAGCGGUCACCGAGAGAUGCAGUGGGCGGACCCAGCGCCAGAGCCGACGCUUCGACUCCCCACAAUGACCCGAAUCCAGCUGCGCAGCUCGAGCAGCAGGGGGAUUCGCACCAGCUACAUGCGGCCCACGGUGUUAUCAACGGGCUGCUGCAUGGGCCGGCCGCCGAUACCACCACCCCGACUCGUCGCGGUGCCCGCGCGGGAGUGUUGCCUGCACAUUCAGAGGAUCAGUCUGGCUGUAUGGGCCCGAACAGGCCUGCACCUUCACACACUGUCGGGGGAGUGGGUGGGUCGGGGGAGUAUGCGGGUGUUAAGCUCCUCCCCGACGGAACUUGGCAAGCGAAGAUUGUUCAUGAGCCUGGGUCCUCACGGACGCUGAUUCUCGGCAACUUCCCCGAUCAGGCACAAGCAGCACGCGCGUUCGCCGCAGCUGCAGCAGUGAUAAGGCGGAACAAGCCACCCAGGGGUCGUGUGUGGCAGCUCACCGGAGAGGAGAUGGAUUUGCUGGAUGGGUGCACACAUGACAUCGUCCGACAGCUUACUACCGCACGCGUUUGGGGAAGGUGGGAAAGGUGGCGCACCGAGCUUGCGUCCCUCGGUGGUGCUAACCCAGUCCCCGCACCGCCGGCGAUUGUGGCUGCAGCGCCAAACCCACCUGUGCAACCUCGUGCAGUCGCAGCCGGUGCUGCGCCAACCCCACUUUCCCCGGCGGACACAGGCACCCGCCCUCCAGUCGUGGCCCUUGCACCUGCACAGCCAGCCCAUCCUCAUGUGGCUACUGCUGCGCCCGUUGAAGCUACUCCUGAGCCUGUCGGACCUACUCCCGGCCCACCAGCCCCACCUACUCUUCCCACAGUGUCUAAUCCCCUUGCGCUUGCAGAUGUUGUGGCGGCUGCAGGAAUGCCGUUGCCUGAAGGUGACGAGGUGGCUGUCCCCAACAACGUCACAUCCGCGCAGUCAGGUAUUGGUUUUGUAGUCUCCUUUCCCCCUGCUAUGGUUGUAGAGCCCCACAGCUAA